AUGGCAGACAAUUCAACAAACCCCGAGCCUAAGGGCAAACAAAUCGCCUCGGAAGAUACCCCUGAAGUUAAUUCCUCUACUCAAGCAGAAGUCGCAUCCGAAAAUGAAGAAGACACUGAAGAUAUAAGUCCUGGCGAAACUAAGACUGGCACGCCAGCAACUGGGAAGAAGAAGAAAUCAAAGCGAAAUAAGAUAAAGGCCACACUUGGAGUAGCGCCAUCGAGUGGACCAAGCGAAGAUACUACAAGAGAUGACCUUUCAAAAGCUGUUGCUGGUCUCAGUAAAUCUCAAAUUGCAGACCUACUCGCUUUAAACCCCGCUUUGGCACAACAAAUCGGUGCUGUAGAUGGCGAUCUCUCCGGAAAACAAGCUGCAGAAGCUAUACGAAAGCUUAGUUUGGAGGAUAUCAUGACCGGAUUGGCCUCGAGCGGGAAGAACGUUAAGGAGAUGGGCGCAUACAAGUUCUGGCAAACACAACCGGUUCCUAAGUUUGGAGAAAGCUCGGAAGUUAUCGAAGAAGGUCCAUUUAAAAUUGUUGAUCUGGCACAAGUACCAAAAGAACCAGGUCCAUUGGUAGCUGGAUUCAACUGGGUUACUAUGGAUAUGACAAGUGACGAGGCUUUGCAAGAAGUUUUCGAGUUAUUGUUCGGCCACUAUGUCGAAGACGAUGAAGCUAUGUUCAGGUUCAACUACUCGAAAUCAUUUUUAAGAUGGGCGCUUAUGUCACCAGGCUGGAGUAAGGAAUGGCACGUUGGUGUUCGAGCUACUGCAUCAGGAAAGUUGGUUGCUUUCAUAUCAGCUAUACCCGUCGCACUUCGAGUACGAAAUAAGACCCUCAAAGCCUCCGAAGUCAACUUUCUUUGCAUCCACAAAAAGCUUCGGUCGAAGAGAUUAGCACCCGUGCUCAUCAAGGAGAUUACGCGUAGAUGUUACCUAGAAGGAACAUGGCAGGCAAUAUAUACUGCUGGUGUGGUCUUACCCAAGCCACUUAGUACAUGCAGGUAUUACCACCGAUCGUUGGAUUGGAAAAAAUUACACGAUGUCAAAUUCAGUCCCCUACCCCCAAAUAGUAGACCAGAAUGGCAAGUUCGUAAAUUUGCUUUACCGACCAACACAUCCACUAAAGGACUGAGACCUAUGGAAGCUAAAGAUAUUGAUGGGGUUUUGGAGCUUUUAAAGAAAUAUCUGGCGAAAUUUGACAUGGCACCAGUUUUCACCAGAGAGGAGGUAGAGCAUUGGCUUCUCAACAAAAUUGAGAAUUCUCCCGAGCAAGUCGUCUGGUCCUACGUUGUUGAGGAUCCCGCAACCAAGAAACUCACUGACUUCUUCUCCUUCUACUGUCUCGAAUCCUCUGUCAUCGGCCACCCCAAGCACACUAAUGUCCGCGCCGCUUACCUUUUCUAUUACGCCUCAAGCAUUGGCCUUGACCCAGCUGCUUCUAGAACCGAUCUUGGCGCACGUCUUAAUGCACUCAUGCAUGAUGCACUUAUCAUUGCUAAGAAUUACAAAUUCGAUGUCUUUAAUGCGUUGACGCUUAUGGACAAUACUUUGUUUUUGGAAAAACAGAAAUUCGGUGCUGGCGAUGGUCAAUUACAUUACUAUUUGUACAACUACAAGGCAAACAAUAUCGCGGGUGGUGUGGAUAAGAUGAAUAGAAUUCACGAUUCCGGAAGUGGAGUGGGUGUUGUAAUGUUGUAG